UGUUUGCGUAAGUAAUACCCAAAGAAAGUAAUGUGGCAUGUACACUGUACAGAACAGUUAUACUAACCUAUAAUAAUACAGACAUUAAAAGUGUGUGGGUCGUAUCUCGAUACUCGUGUGAGUGUUGACAAGAAAUUUUUAUUUCUUAUUUAUUUCGAAGAAAUUCGCGAAAGAACGCGCGGCAUUAACGAAUAUAGUGGUCAAAAUGGCUGAACCUAGUGUUUCGCCGGCUCCUAGUUCUUCAGAUUCUUCGGAAAAUUUACAAGAGGAAUCAUUUAUAUCAAGUUUUAUCGCUGAAGUAGUGAAAAGUCCACUUAAUAUAUUUCUUGUUAUUGUUAUUGCUAUUUUAGUUUAUAAAAUAUUCCGGAGUAAAACACAAGAAGAUCUACCGGUCCAAGAGCACAAGGAAUUGCCUAAAAUUCGUAAAGAUUUUACUGUUGAAGAAUUAAAAAAAUAUGACGGUAGGGGAACGGAUGGACGAAUUCUUGUUGCUGUAAAUGGGAGUGUUUAUGAUGUUACGAGAGGCAGUAGAUUUUACGGACCCGAUGGACCAUAUGCUGCAUUUGGAGGGCGUGAUGCCAGUAGAGGAUUAGCCACAUUUUCAGUAGUUCCAGGCAAAGAUGAAUAUGAUGAUUUAAGUGAUCUUAACACUACUGAAAUGAAUUCUAUUUUAGAGUGGGAGGAACAAUUUAAAGAACGAUAUGAUUACGUUGGUAAAUUGCUGAAACCUGGUGAAGCACCAACAAAUUAUUCUGAUGAAGAAGAUGAAGGUAGCCAGCAAGAAUCCGACGUUAAAUCAAAGGAAGAUUGACCAUUCAAAAACGAAAUGGAAACCUUGUUGAGAAAUAUUAAACAUCAGUCACACAUCUAUGUGAAAAUUGUAGAUAUCAUCGUUUCUCAAUUAAUAAUUUUUAAAAUAACAGAAUACCAAUUAAUUGUGUGAAAAUAUACACGCAUCCUAAACGGGUAUUCAUAACACAAAACUUAAUUUAAUUGUAAUAACGAUGUGGACUCUUUUUAAAUUCUUGAAAUAAUUUAUGUGUACUGAUUAAAAAAAAAAAGAAAAUCGAUAUAAAUAUUACUUAUGAGAAUUUUUAUAACUUUUUAAAGUUAUAUAUUUUGUCAUUUUUCUUAAAACAAUUGUACAUUUUACUUUAAUUUGUUGGUACAUAAUUAUGGUUGAUGAUUUUUCAUUUUUUAUUUGUGUAUGUUUAAGUCUAUUAAAAAUUGAGAAAUGAACAUUAUUAAUAAGUUGCAAAUAAGAUGUUUGAAUAAUAGUAUUUUUUGUUAAAAUAAUUUCAUGCUGCAUGUGUUAACAUGUACUGACCACCGGAAUAUUUUUCAAUACCAAUGUAAAAAUUCAAUCAAAAUUUUCAUCAAUUUUUUGAGUAUAUAUUACGAUAUAUUUUAUAAAUAUUUAAAUAAUAAUCAAGAAAUUUUACACUUUGUCAAUUUUUUACAAAACAUUUUUUUAAACUGCUAAGACUUUGUAUACAUUUGAUAAUUAAUUGCAUAAAUAUUUUUUUCUAAAACAUCUCAACAUAAAUAAUUUGAAUAAAAUCAGUCUUAAAAGUGAGAUAAAUAUAAAAGUAUGUAUAUGUAACGAUAGAUCUAUUCUCUUAUGGCUCUUUAAAUUAAAAACUACCUCAAGGUGUGUUUUAUAACAAAUGUUUGAAGCAUAAUGAAAAAAAAAAAAAAAAAAAAAAAAAAAACAUCACUUGCACCUUUAAAAUGUGCACAUUUUGUUUGUAUCAUCGAAUUAAAUAAUUUGCUGUACAAGUAAUAGGUUUAGUUAAUUAUAGUAAUUAAUAACUAAUGACAAAGUGAAUUGAAACUAAUUAUUAUUUUUGAGUAAAAAUAUUUAGAUUCAAAUUUUAAAAAUGGUUGAAGCUUAAAAUAAUUACUUAAAGAUGGCUUAUUAAUUUUAAAUAUUUAACAAUAUCUUAAAACUGCACGAAAAUAGGUGAAUACAUUGACCUCAAGUCAAUAUAAAAACUUUCACCGUCUUUCAUUUUUAUUAUAAUAUUUAUGGACUAGGACCAUCAGGCAUGAAGAUAUUUUUUAAUAAAUACUAGAUUAAUAAAAUAGGUUGUUUUCCUUUUUUUAAAACAAAUUUAAUAAAUAAUCUAUGGAUAUUCUUCUAAGAACGUUCACUAAUAAUUCCUGAGGCCUUAUAAUAUGGACAUCUGAUGAAAAAUUUUAUUUUGUUUUUCUUUUUUUCUAAUUAUCGAACUGAAUGACUUUUCGAUCAAUUUUCUGGAUAUAUUAUUAAAUGUAUAACUAAUUGCCAUAACUUCCCCGUUUGUUUAAGAAAAUAUUUUUUGUAAACUUUAAUAUAAUACACUUGUUAAUUAAUUAUAGCUUUAAUUUGAUUUUACCCAAUGAAUAAUCAAAGCUCUGAAAUUAUUUGGUAUCUUAUUCGCUUGUAAUUUCCUAUGUUUCUGUCUUCCGUUGAACAAGGAAAUUCGAAAUUUAUAGAGCAGAAAAUAUUGUAAAACAUUGUAAUUUUUUAACAUUGGACUUUUUGUACAGGUUUAUAUUUAUGUAUUACUGGUACAUCUUGUUUUAACAUAACAUAUUACCCAAAUAAAUAUUUCUAACCAGAGAAGAAAACUAUUAACACUAAAA